AUGUAUUUACGAAGAAGUUCUGUGCUAAAGUAUCUACUAGCGUCAUGUCUUGGAGGUGUUUUGUACAGUGAAUGGUUUGUCUACAAGAUACAGCCCCUUUUUUGGAAAAACUUGCAGUGUGAAUCAGAGCAAUCAUGCACCAAAAUAUUAUUUAUCGCAGAUCCACAAAUACAGGGAGAAUUAGCUGUACCACCCCCACUUAGCUUUCUUUUCAACUGGGAUAGUGAUAGAUAUUUAAAGUCUACAUUUUCAAUUGUCGAAAACUAUUUUCGUCCUGAUAUCCUUGUUUACCUUGGAGAUCUAAUGGAUGAAGGGAGUAUUUCAACAAGGGCCCAGUUCCAUGGCUAUGUUAAAAGAUUAUCAGAAAUCUUUGAUUCACGUUACCCUGUUGUGCAAGUCUGGAUACCAGGAGACAAUGAUAUUGGAGGUGAAAAUGAGCCAAUAAAACAUGAUAAAAUUGAAGAAUUUAGAACAGUGUAUUCACAACCAAAUGUCAUAGUAUUUAAAAACAUUUCAUUUUACAAAGUUAGCACAAUCACAUACUCUGUACCACAGCCUCUUGAGAAUGAUUUAAACUUUAAAAUUGCUAUCUCCCACUAUCCAGUAAUUGAAAGAACAGCAUAUGCUAAACAGGUUAUCAAUUCUAUACACCCUGACAUAUUUUUUUGUGCUCAUGAGCAUAAAUCAAAAUAUGUAAAAUUUAAAAAGGAUUAUGCAUCAAAGGAGACACAUUUACUUAGUUACAAUGAUCCAGUUUUCUCUAAAUCCUUUGUUGACGAUUGGCUUUAUGAAAUCUAUGUACCUACAUGCUCAUACAGAAUGGGAACAAGCAAGAUUGGAUUUGGUGCUGCUGUAGUUGAAAAGAAUAACCAGCAACUAAAGUACACUGUCUUCUGGUCUCCUGCUAGAUUUCCCUAUUUAUUUUUUUAUUUAUUAAUGCUUGUCAUUCUCAUUGGAUAUACCUUAUUAUACUGUUUUAUAAGAAUAUUAUCGAAGUUCUCCAAUAUAGUAAAAACAACAACUGAAGAUAAGCAGUUUUUACUACAGCGCACUUAG